AUGGUGAAGGAUUGGGGCGGGUAUGGGAGGCACUUCCCCGACGGGGAUGGGGAUGGGGAUUCCCCAAAAAGCCUAAACUGGGGAUUGGGGUGGGGAUGGGGACAGGGAUGGGGAGCGGGGGCAGGGAUGGUAUUGCCAUACCCGGCCCAUAACCGGCCCGUUGCCAUCCCUAGUCUGUUUGCUCCUACUCGACCUGUAUGCGACCUCUUGAACUGCCUGUGGGUGCGUUCGUCCAUCCUUUAG